ACGUAGGUGACAAAAAUGGGUUUUGGAGAGGCGAAGGAUUAUGGCCUGUUGUUUAGAAUUUUGAAACUGCGAUCUGAAAGGCUCCUCCGACCGGAGUCGGUGCAGGGUGUGAUGGAGCACGCGCUGCAGCAUCGGGAGCGAGUGGGUGUGCAGGACUUCGUGCUUCUGGAGGACUACCGCUCUGAGGCCGCCUUCAUCGACAACCUGCGCAAGCGCUUCCACGAGAACAUCAUCUACACGUACAUCGGCAAUGUACUGAUCUCCGUGAACCCUUACAAGAACCUGCCUAUCUACACGGAGGAGAAGACACAGCUGUAUUACAAGAAAGCUUUCUUCGAAGCACCACCUCAUGUGUUUGCAAUAGCAGAUAACGCCUACAGAUCCUUGGUUUAUGAGCACAGAGAACAAUGUAUCCUAAUCUCAGGCGAAUCCGGUUCAGGUAAAACUGAAGCAUCGAAAAAAGUUCUAGAAUACAUUGCGGCUCGUACCAACCAUUUACGCAAUGUCGAAAAAGUCAAGGACAAACUACUACAGAGCAAUCCUUUAUUGGAAGCCUUCGGUAACGCCAAAACCCACAGAAAUGACAAUUCUAGCAGAUUUGGCAAAUACAUGGACAUUCAGUUCAAUUACGAAGGUUCGCCAGAAGGCGGGCACAUCCUGAACUAUUUGUUGGAGAAGUCGAGGGUGAUCAGUCAGAUGUCAGGGGAGAGGAACUUCCAUAUAUUCUAUCAGCUAAUAGCGGGUGGUGACGAGGAAUUGAUGAAGCAUUUGAGAUUGCAGAACAGGCCUGAAGUGUAUAAAUAUACUACAGAUUUGGUGACACCUGCAAGCCAGAAAGUGAAUGAUGCGGAACAGUUCCGUACAGUCAGAGCUGCGAUGAAAGUGAUAGAGAUCGGUGACGACGAACAGAAGGAGAUUUUCGAGAUCGUGGCGAGCAUACUGCAUCUUGGAAACAUCAAAUUUGUGCAAAAUGAUAAAGGAUACGCGGAAAUACUUUCGCAUGAUACGAAUAGUUCUAAUGUUGGAGAGCUGCUCAAAGUUAGCUCAAGCAAACUUCGCGAGGCCCUGACCAGCCGCACAAUCGAAGCCCGUGGAGACGUAGUGACGACUCCCCUGGAUAUGGAACAAGCGCAGUACGCACGGGAUGCUCUCGCCAAAGCCGUUUACGACAAACACUUCAGCUGGCUGGUCUCCAGGCUGAACUCAUCCUUAGCGCCUAAACAAAAAGAUGCUAGAGACUCGGUAAUCGGCAUCCUGGAUAUAUAUGGAUUUGAAAUAUUCCCUAAGAACAGUUUCGAACAAUUCUGCAUCAAUUUCUGCAACGAGAAGUUGCAGCAGCUGUUCAUCCAACUGACCCUCAAGUCCGAACAAGAGGAAUAUCUGCGGGAAGGCAUCGAGUGGGUGCCAGUGGAGUAUUUCAACAACAUCAUCAUUUGUGACCUUAUUGAGGAGAGACAUAGAGGCAUAAUUUCCAUCUUGGACGACGAAUGCCUUCGCCCUGGUGACGCUAAUGAUCUCAGUUUUCUGGAGAAACUGUCCCAGCGCUUGGACGGACAUGCGCAUUUCAAGUCCCACCAGAAAGUCGACACAAAAACACAGAAGAUCAUGGGCAGAGAUGAGUUCUGCCUCGUCCAUUACGCUGGAGAGGUGACAUACAACGUCAACACAUUUAUAGAGAAGAACAACGACUUGCUGUUCCGAGACCUGCAGAGCCUCAUGGCGUCCAGUGGGAACCAUAUUGUUGGCACGUGCUUUAAGGAUGUGAACUUAGCAUCCAAGAAGCGUCCCGAGACAGCCAUAACACAGUUCAAAAACUCGCUAAAUGAGCUGAUCAAAAUCCUCAGUAGCAAGGAGCCGUCUUACAUUCGCUGCAUCAAGCCCAAUGACUUUAAAGCGCCCAUGACCUUCGACGACAAGUUGGUGUCGCAUCAGGUGAAAUACCUUGGAUUGAUGGAAAACCUGAGAGUCCGUCGCGCUGGCUUCGCCUAUCGACGCACGUACGAAGCUUUCCUCGAAAGAUACAAGUGCCUGAGCCCGAACACUUGGCCCAACUUCCGAGGGCCCGCUAGGGAAGGCGUCCAGCAUCUGGUUCAAUCGCUCAACUAUGAAAAGGAGGAAUACAGGAUGGGCAACACAAAAAUAUUCAUUCGUUUCCCCAAAACGCUCUUCGAUACCGAGGAUGCUUACCAGCUGAAGAAGAACGACCUGGCGACCAUCAUCCAGAGCCGAUGGAGAGGAUACUGGCAGAGGAAGCAGUACCUGCGGAUGAGGGGAGCAGUUAUUGUGAUACAGAAGUGGAUCAGGAGGUUCUUGGCUCAAAAGCUUAAGGAAAGGAGGAGAAAGGCCGCCGACGUCAUUAGAGCAUUCAUUAGAGGUUUCAUCACUCGCAAUGGCCCAGAGACGCCAGAAAACCGUCGUUUCCUCGGCAUCGCCAAAGUCCACUGGCUCAAACGGCUUUCCACCAGGCUGCCCACCAAGCUCCUGGACCUAUCCUGGCCUCCUUGCCCGGCCACUUGCCAGGAAGCUUCGAAGGAACUGCACAGGCUCCACAGGCUUGUACUAGCGAGAAGGUACCGACUGGCUCUGACGCCUGAAAGGAAGAAGCAAUUUGAACUGAAGGUUUUGGCUGAGAAAAUCUUCAAAGGCAAGAAGAACAGUUACCCGAGCAGCGUCCGCGAGUGGUUCGUGGACGACCGGCUGUCGGAGGACCAUCGCGUGCUGAGGAACACGUUCAUGGCCUCGCCGGCGUGGCCCACGGGCGAGCAGCUCAUUUACUCAUGCGAAGCAGUGAAAUACGACCGCAGAGGGUACAAGCCCCGCGAGCGCGCGCUGCUCGCGUCGGACAAGGCGCUGUACGUGCUGGACGCCGCCAAGAGCAAGACCUACAAGCUCAAGCACCGCCUGCCGCUCGACGUGCUGCGGGUGGUGGUGACCAACGAGACCGACGGACUCGUGCUCAUCAAGAUACCGCAGGAGCUGAAGAAGGACAAGGGUGACCUGAUCAUAUCCGUGUCGCACGUGAUAGAGGCGCUCACCAUCGUCACCGACUACACCAAGAAGCCUGACAUCAUCGAAAUCGUCGACACUGGGAGCAUCGUGCACAAUCUAGUGAACGGCAAGCAAGGCGGCACCAUCGAGGUCACCAACGGCCCCAUGCCGGCCAUCCACCGCGCCAAAAGUGGCAACCUACUUGUUGUGGCAACACCGUAAUACAGCAUUUGGAAAACAUCAGCUUAGUUCAAUGAAAAUUCGUGUUCGCCAUAAUUUUAUAAUUUAACGUACGAGUUUAAUUAAAAUAAGUUACCCCUAUAUUUGAAACAAUAGUAAAAAAAUAUAAAAAAAUCGGAUAAAAAACCACAAUACCAAAUCAUAAGGCAGAUAGGUAUUUAUAUUUAUUUGAGUAUUUAAAAAAUCUCAAAUGAUUAUUUUAGACACUUAUACUUUUACCUGCUACCCAUAUAAUUAUGCGUUAAAAUAAAUAAAGGAGACCGAUCAUUUUGGGCCCAGCACGUUACAGAAGAUAAAUGACGGAAAAUUCUUCAUAUAAUAUUAGAUCAAAAUCACCAAAACUAAUUAGAACUGAUAGUUGCUAAUAUUUUUUGGAAAUGUACUUGUGUUUUUGAAACCGUGCAUUAAAAAAUGUAGCUAAUUGCCCAUAGAUAUAUUGAUUAUGCAACUUUCAAAAAACUGAAAUUAAGCCAGUCUAAAACUGAUAAUAUUAUUUACUAAAUUAUACUAAUUUGGACAUUGUAACGGUUCAUUCAUUAAAGGGCACAUCAAUGUAUGGAAAAUGGUGGAUCUCCUUUCUGAGUUCAGAGGUAAUGACGAGAUUAGCAGUUUUUUUUACUAUUGCAUUAGAAACUAAGGGUAAGCAAACGUGAAGAAAUAGUUAUUACAAAUUAAUGUAUAGCAGUACCAUUUCAUAUAUUGGUUAAGUGUUAUACUCUUUUUUCACUCCUUUAACUUUCAACGAACGUUUUCAGAGACACUGUCAAUUGUGUGAACAAUGGUUUUAAAAAGUAACGGUUAUUUUUUAAUUAAUGCAUUCGUUUCCAUAUUAUUGCAUUUAAUACAAAUAAUAUUUAUGUAAAACAAUAUUUCUUUUAUUAUUGUCUAACAGUAACUUUGACAUAAGUGAAAAACUUUUAACUACACUAUGCUUUUAACUACGAUAAUAUCUAAUUAAUCAAAAUUUUCUAUAUACAUGAAUUAUUUAAUAAAUUAAAUUUUUCCUCUAUUUAUAAUAAACUAUGUUUAUAACAAUAUUAUAAUUAAUGCGAUUUACGUACAAAGUACUUAGUAGUUUAAGUCGAUGGAAAAGAAAAAGGAAAGUUGUAAGAAAAAUAUGUCAAUAAAUAUAAUUUUAUUUAAUUUACCCCUAGUGUAAGUAGUACUUACCUGGAGGUAAAUUGAAUUUCUAGGUACCUAGUAGGUAAAUAUAACUACUAAGGUACUUAGAACUUCAGGACUAGUAUUAAGCGAAUCCUAUAAAAACUUGUAUGAUGCGCGUGACCAAAAUUGGAACUAAUAAAGUGUUGCCAUCUUGUCGUCUAUCUAUAUAUCUAUCUCACCGGGCCAGUUAUGUUUCUGACAAUCGUAGCAAUAUAAGGAAGGCUAAUGUUGAAAAAAUAAAACUAUAAACCCAUAUACCUACUUGGAUUGAGAUUAACAAAAUUAUUAAAAAAAUAUUGACAUGUUUUUCGUGAUUAUUUAUAUUAAUGUUUAAGCUGAAUCGAAGGUGCCUAAAUAAGUGUACGUAUAAAUAGAUAGGUGUAAAGCUUAACUUUUGUACGAGUCGAAUGAUAAUAAUGCGCGUCACUAGAGUUAUAGAACUGAUUAUAAUUUCCCUACAAUUUUACCAAUGAGGAUAAAGUUCCGAUGAGCAACUUUCACGUUUUUUUUUUCAUGAUAUAUUUUUUUCUGACAAGGACUACUAUUCAACGGCGAUCGUAUUAAAUCUAAAUAUUUUGUAUCUGGCAGCUCAACACCAUUUACAAUGCGAACUGCGUGAUAUUUACAAUGCGUAUUGCGUGAUAUUUAAUGAAUAAACUCAAGACGUAAUUUUUGGUUUCCUUAUACGUUUUAUUAGUCUGAGCCGAGUUCGAACACAAGCACGUAUUUUAGACAGAUGAGUAAACUCGAUAUGUAAUUUGUCUAAUACUUAACUUCUUUGUCUACGUUAGUCUACGCACGAGCAUUUGUGAAUGUGUUACCACCACUCUGUACCGACUCUUAUAUCUAUGGUUGCGCGAGCUAACUAGGCCAGAACCGCGGCUACUCCUGUACCUGUAACUCUGGUGACGCGUACCCAGUCGAGGUUACCAAACAGCUGUGGACUGUAUUGUUCGCUUAUUUAUUGGUAUUCUUUAUGCUUGGCCAUAAUAGAACUAAUACAGGCAGGAGUGCCUUAAUUGUUAUUAUUUAUAAGACAGUUCCUUUGUAACUUUAUUGAAAUAUACGUAUUUUUUAAUAAACA